CGUCUCGCCUCUCGCCGACUCGCCCAUAUGUUAUUUAACAACACACGUGGAAUUUCAUCAGUCUGUGUGUGUUUCGCCUGAAUUUCCCGCAGAAAUGAAGCUAAUUUGUGUACAAAAUGACCCCGGUGCGUUGAAAAUUGUUGUGGCUGCUCAUCACGCCAAGCAAGAUGUCUCCAUUACUGCACCUUCUGAAACGAAAAAAAAUUUUAACUCAACGUUAGUCCUGGAUUCUGGAGUAGAACUUUUCUCCUCGAAUUCUGCCUGCUCAUAUAUUUUGGAGGCGUCAUCAGGAAGUAACAAUGCCAUUGAAGUCCAGGAGUUCCUCGAAUGGGAGGCAACAAAAUUAAACCCACUGGUGUCCUCUCUGAUAGUUGGAGUGUCAAACGGAAAGAAAGCUGAGAGCAGUGAAGUGGGAAAUUGCCUUAAGCAGAUUUCCGAUGCUCUGAAAGGCAAGCCGUACUUGGUGGACAACAAGCUCUCUGCUGCAGACAUAGCUAUCUGGUCAACUCUCUAUCCCCUGGUGUCUGAGCAGAAGCUUUCUAAAAUAGUUCCCUCUGACCUUUUGGAGUGGCAUAACAAGCUGAGCAGCUUGGAUUCAUUUAGAGCUGCUGUUGAAAAGCUUAACCCAAAGUCUGGAGUUGAAAAUUGGGCGUCUAGUGUGCCGUCUGUUACCAUCCAAUUUUCUAACCUCUCCGUAGCUCCAUCAGCUGUAAAGUCGCAAGGAUCUAUAAAAUUACCGGUUGCAAAUCCAGUAUUGCCUGUGAAAGGCAAAAAGAACAUUUUAAUCACCUCUGCUCUUCCGUACGUGAACAAUGUUCCGCAUUUAGGCAACAUUAUCGGUUGCGUCUUGUCUGCUGACGUGUUUGCCAGGUACUGUAGAGCCAGGGGUCACCCAACCCUCUACAUAUCUGGCACUGAUGAGUACGGCACGGCAACCGAAACCAAAGCGAUCGCAGAGGGCCUCACCCCGAAGCAAAUUUGCGACAAGUACCAUGAGAUCCAUUCGCAAGUUUACAAGUGGUUCAACAUUGGAUUUGACCACUUUGGCAGAACUUCACAUGAGCAUCAAACAGAGAUCUGCCAAGAUUUGUUUCUGAAACUUCAUAAGCGCGGGCUCACCUUAACUGAGUCCAUGGAGCAACUUUUGUGUGAAAACUGUGACAGGUUUUUAGCUGAUCGUUUUGUUGAGGGAGAGUGCCCGCUUUGCGGCUACGAAGAUGCUCGAGGUGACCAAUGCGACAAGUGUGGCAAGCUUGUGAACGCUACAGAAUUGAAAAAUCCCAGAUGCAAACUUUGCCAGAAGAAACCUGUUACCAAGGAGUCAAAACAUUUCUUCAUUGAUUUGCCUAAGAUCGAGCCAAAACUCAGGGAGUGGAUGGCUACGUCUGCUCCAGGCUGGACCAACAAUGCCAGCGUGAUCGCACAUUCGUGGAUAAAAGAUGGGCUCAAACCUCGCUGCAUCACUCGUGAUCUUAAGUGGGGAAUUCCCGUGCCUCUGGAUGGAUACAGAGAAAAGGUGUUUUAUGUGUGGUUUGACGCACCUUUGGGAUAUGUCAGCAUGACCAAGACCUACACCAAUGACUGGGAGAAAUGGUGGAAGAACCCUGAAGAAGUAGAAUACUACCAGUUUAUGGCCAAGGACAACGUGCCUUUCCACGCUGUCAUGUUCCCAUCUACCCAACUCGGAUCUGGCGACAACUUUACUAUAGUUAACCAUAUCAUGGCGACAGAGUACUUGAACUACGAGGAUGGAAAAUUCUCAAAAAGCCGAGGCGUUGGCGUAUUUGGUUCCGAUGUCCAAGAUACCGGUAUUCCUGCUGACGUCUGGCGCUUUUACUUGCUCUAUGUGCGGCCUGAGAGUCAGGAUUCCAGCUUCAGCUGGAAUGAUCUGAUGACCAAAAACAAUUCUGAACUUCUCAACAACCUCGGAAACUUCAUAAACAGGGCUCUGAUGUUUGUUGAGAAGAAUUUUGACAGCACCAUCCCGAAAGUAGAGUUUACUGAUGAAGACAAUGAGCUUGUGAAAAACAUCGAUGAGGAGCUGAAGGGUUACAAUGAGGCGCUGGAAAAGGCAAAGCUGAGGGAUGGCCUUCGCUUCAUUUUGGCGGUUUCCCGCCACGGAAAUCAGUACAUGCAGUCCAACCAGCCUUGGGUCCUAGUCAAAGGAAGUGAAGCAGAAAAAAAGCGCGCUGGCUCCAUACUAGGCCUUAGUGCUAACAUCGCCUGCUUGAUUGCUGCGUUGCUGAGACCAUAUAUGCCGAGUACAACGGAAACCAUUUCCAAGCAGUUGCAAGCACCUGGCAAAACUGCAUUUGACAUUCCCGACACGUUCAGCAUCCUUUUGCCCGAAAACCAUAAAAUUGGAAAGCCUGCCCCUCUGUUCUCAAAAAUUGAUGCUGCUCAGGCUGACCAGUUGAAAGCUCGAUUCGCCGGAAGCCAGGAAGACCAGGCUGCGAGAAGCAGUGGAGGCAAACCAACACCUCCAUCAUCAAGUGGAGACGUUGCCACACUGCAAGCUGCUAUUGCUGCCCAGGGAGAGAAGGUCAGGAAACUCAAGUCUGAAACAAAAGAUAAGACAGUCUGGCAGCCAGAAGUAAACAUACUGCUUGACCUGAAAAAGAAGCUGACUGAAGCGGAGAAGGCAGCUGCCGCAGCUCCACCACCGCCUCAAGCAUCUGUUGAAGACAUUGACUCUCUUACUGCGGCUGUUGCUGCUCAGGGAGAAAAGGUGCGGAAAUUGAAAGCCGAGACUAAGGACAAGAAUGUGUGGCAACCUGAAGUGCAGAAACUGCUGGAUCUGAAGAAACGGCUUGAAACAGCUUCUAAGAACGCACCACCAAAGGCUGAGACAGCUCAACCAGCACCAGCACCUCCAGCUUCAGCUUCUAAAGCGUCUGAACUGGAAGCUGCAGUAGCAGCACAGGGUGAAGUUGUGAGGAAGUUGAAAGCAGAAACCAAGGACAAGACUGUUUGGCAGCCUGAAGUGGACAAACUGCUUCUUUUGAAAAAACAAUUGGCUGAAAUCCAAGGAGUGCCGGCAACUCAAACUCAAUCUGGUGGGAAAUCAGGCAAGAAGAAGAAAUGACAUCGGAGGAGAUGAAGCCUUAUUAAUUUAUUUACAUGAGCACAGAGUGCACCAUGUGCAAGAUUCCUUUGCACUUACAAACAAUAUUCACUUUCAUUUUUUAAUUUAAUAAACACUGUCUCUCAUGGUUCAUUUAA